AUGGCGUCGAAAGCACCCUUAUUUCUCCAGACGCCGGAGCAUGCGCCCGUUGCCGCGACCAUGCCACGACCUCAGCAGAAGCGCAAGAUCCACGUUGCCAUAAUAGCGAUCGUCUUUGGACUGUUCUGGCUGGCGAGGUCUUGGAGCUGCGAACAUGAGCCCCUGGACAUGAAGGCGAGGGUGCCGCUGGAUGUUCAUAUCAUGUCGAAAUGUCCAGAUGCACGCGCCUGCCUCCAGAAACUUGUCGUCCCAACCAUGGCAAACGUAUCUGAAAAAGUCGACUUCAGGCUGUCCUUCAUCGGCCAACUCACCAACGAAGACGACGGCGUCCAAUGCAAACACGGCCAAACCGAAUGCCUCGGCAACAUCGUCCUCUUGUGCGCCGCCUCCGAAUAUCCUGACCCUAAACUGCAUCUCGGCUUCACAAACUGCCUGAUGAACGACUACCAAGAAAUUCCCAAGAAGGAGCUUAUCGAGGACUGCGCACUUGAACACGGCCUCGACUUUGGCGUGCUGAACGAUUGCAUGAGCAAGGACACUGGCGCGUACGGCAUGGGCUUGUUGAGGGAUAGUGUGAAGCAUAGCCAUGAUGUUGGUGUGGGAGUUAGCUGUACAGUCAGGCUGGAUGAUAAGGUCAGGUGUGUGUAUGACGGAGGGGAGUGGAAGGAUUGCAAGGACGGGAGCAAGCCGGAGGACUUGAUAGGAGACAUUGAGAGGUUGUACGAUGAGGCCCAGGGGUGGACUCUGGCUUGA